CAGCCCUACUAAGUUGUUGGUAAUAAAGCAGAACAGUUAAAGCAGCUGGGAGAACAAGGCGGCUUGCUGAUGCAGAUAGCUGAUGCUGAAAAAAGAACCAUCUCUUCUUAGUCAAACAUGGAUUGAGAAAACAGUAAUGCAUCGACAAUGAAAUACACGUCUUUGACAGCGACGUUUCCUUAUGCCUGGGAAGAUUUCAUCAAGGCUUUCUGGAAGAUGUUUCCAAACCCCUACAACCCUCAGGUUGUUGUGGAAGAUGUCCUGGAGCGUAACAUCCAAGAUGGCAAGCUUUACACUAAAAGAAUCCUCGUGAAAUCAUUCGCAAACUUCCCCAAAUGGGUGGAAACGCUGCUGCGGGGAGCUACCAGGACGUGUGUAAUAGAAGAAUCCAUAGUGGACUUGGAGAACAGAACGUUUGUGACGUAUGUUAGGAAUAUAACGCAGACGGCAGUGGUAGUGGAAGAAAGAUGCACAUACAAACCCAGCACAACUUCCAACAGUGAGACAGAAUGUGACCGUCAAGCCUGGGCUACGUCAGGGCUGUGGGGUGUAGCGGCUGCGUUAGAAUCCGUGGCGAUGCGAGAGUUCGUGAAAGAUACGGAGCUAACAAACAAAGGGGUGCUACUUACACUCCAAACUCUACAUGGCCGUAAUUAAAGUCUAAUAAUUGAAGUAAUUUAGUUGAAGGCACUGGGGCAAAUCAUUACAUGAAAUGGAAUUAAAUCUGCGCUACCGCAUUUUGCAGUCCUGAGGACACGAAAUUCGUUUGUCUUUGUCUCAAGGUUUUACAUAACUCUUUGGGAAAGGCCAGAUAAGGCCUGGAUCUGUUAUUUUCCCUUUAAAAGGAGGGGGAGCAAGCUUUUUGUACCAAGCUGUCUCUGCUAUGUGAUUCCAUACUACAGGUUAAUCAGGUUUAUUCCCGAGUACAUCAAAGUAUCCCAAGUGUGGUAAAAAUACUGGAAUCCAUAUGCUUCGCUGCUAUCAGUGCGCCGUUUUUAAAAGCGUCGUGUCCAAUAAAUAGACUCAUUAACACAAGGUGCAUAAAAGCCUAAAUGCAUUGUGCUUGUCACGUAAAGGCUUGAUAGUAUGAGAGGUCUGCUAAAUAAACGUCUCUUCGAGGUAAAUGUAAGCUACUAUUUCAAAUCUUAAUUGGCGGUUUCGCAACACGAGUUGCGGGUACAGUGCAGGCCUGCGGGAAACCAUGUAAUUUUUACGGGGCUCACUGAUAUUAAAUAAAUAAUGAGAGAAGGAAAUUAAGAUUUAACGGCUUGUCUCAAACGUGCUCAUUAUAGCUUCCCAAGAGUUCCCAGGUAACAUUUUCCAGGGAGAAGUGGGAACUCGGUAUGGAUAACUUUUAAGUUAAAACAGCUUUCGCGCCCGCAGAGAAGCCCAAAUCACAGCAUAUGCAUGGUUAAGCCAAUGGUAUUGAAUUGAUUGCAAUCAGUUUUCGAUAAAGAUAACUUGAUAUUACUUGAUGUGAUUUGAAUAGGCUUGUGCGAAUGCCUUAACCAUACUUGGGUCGUCAUACUGUGUUUAUAAAAAAAAAAAAAAAAAAAAAAAAAAACGACGGAACUUGAGUGAAACAUGAACAACAGAAAGAAACAAGUGCAUCAACAGAAUAAAGAACUAUUGCACGUUGUUGGUAAAAAUGAUUGUUGCACCCUCGAGAAUGUUGGGUUUUAAAUCACGUUACAGGUUUUGGAGUGCUUUAUACAUGGUGAUAUUUUGGCUUCUUUCUUCCACGUACAUGUACAUAUACCCCCUGUAGAUGUCAAUAUUUGAUCAUACGAAGGUCAAAUAUGCUCAUGUGUCAACGAGUGGCAGGUUUAAAGUAGUGUAGUGUUAAUGUACGAGUAGGCCUAUAAGGGGCAUGCGGACAGAUAUUUAUUGCUAGUUUUGCUUUUGAAAUUAAUUACGAAAUGCCCAGCUGUACAUUUUACAUAAGAUGCACCUGGUGUGAUAGUUAAAGAAUAAAUGGCAUAUAUACACAAAAACAAAUAAAAAAUGUAAUUUCAUAGAUACAUGAAAUAUCAUCUCCAAGGGGGAAAACUUCAUGUCAAUUUUUGCCAAACGUCUUGCACUGGUUUGCAUUCCAAUAUAAUACUAACCACAGGGAUGUCCAUAUCGACAGGUUUAAUAGACUUAUCGCGCAGGGAGUGUGUAUUACAGCCAAGCACAAUGAUUUAAUCUCGUUACCUGUAAUGUAAAAGGAAGUUUAUUAGACAUUACAGUGUCACUAAUCACAUUUGGGAAAAAUACGAUAAGGAGCUUCAAAUGUGAUG